GUGUCUUGUUGUGGGCGGGGUCUGUGCCAGGGGCGGGGCCUGGCGCGCCGGCCGCUCAUUUCCGCCGGACGCGGGGCGUCUGGGCGGAUGGAGGCUACGCGGAGGUCGCGGCUGAGUCUGAGCCGCCGGAGGCCGCCCUCGGGGGUCCGGCCUCGGAGCAAUACCCCCGGGUCCCUCCCGGACGGCGGCGAGUGCGCGAAGCUGUGGACUGAGUUGCUGCGCACCGCGAGCGCAGACCUGAACGUGGACGGCGAGCUGCCGCCGCUGCCCGCGUUCCCCGGCCAGGAGCCCAGGCGCAGUCCUGAGCGUCCGCCCCCGGAAACAUUCACCGUGGGAACCGAGACCUUCUUCUGGACGCCCUUCCCGGCGCCCCCGCCGGGGCGAGGCGGGAACUCGGGCGGCUCCGACCUUGUGCUCAGCGCGGUCCGGGGGCGCAAGGGGUCCCCCCAACAAUAUGCAGCGCCCGAGCUCCGCGGAACCCCCAGCGCCGAGGAGCAGCCUUCGGAGGAGCAGCCCUCCCAGCGACAGUCGUCAGUGGACGGUGCGACGACCUUGCAGAGCUGUCCCAUGUGCCAAGUCGACUUCGCCCCUGGCUCCCAGGAGGGGUGUGAAAGUGAGAGACACAUACGCUGGCUGGGCGCCCUCCUUGCCCAUGACCCUCCCCUCUCCUCUGCUCACAGGCUGGCGCAGCUGGACAUCGACAGCCACCUGGCCCAGUGCCUGGCAGACAGCACGGACGACAUAGAGUGGUGAGCAGCCCGGCCAGUGCCUCCCCCGCCCUGGAUGGGCCACCUCCUCUCUGCUCUGUCCCCAAAAGCUGCAUAUUAAAGCACGUCGGCGUGAA